AUGGCUAGAAAACCGGUCAUCGGCCUGCUGGGCGGAGGCCAGCUCGGCCGCAUGCUCUGCGAGGCUGCCGGCCCGCUGGGCAUCGACAUCGCCGUCCUGGACGAGGAGAAGGCCCCCGCCAAGCACGCCGCCAACCUGCACGGCCUGCACGCCACCGGCUCCUUCAAGGACCCGGCUCGCAUCCGCGAGCUCGCCUCGCGCAGUGACGUCCUCACGGUCGAGAUUGAGCACGUCGACACCGAUGUGCUCGAGGACAUCGCCACCAACGGUGUCGUCCCCGCCGGGGCCGCCCCCGGCUCUGCCAAGAGGAAGAUCCCCGUGCACCCCUCGUGGAAGACGCUGCGGCUCAUCCAGGACAAGUUCCUCCAGAAGGAGCACUUCCGCGAGCGCGGGCUGCCCAUCGCCGAGCAGAUGGCCAUUGGGUCUGGAGACUCGAUGCUGGCGUCUCUCAAGGGUGCAGGUCAGAAGUUUGGAUACCCUUUCAUGCUGAAGGCUCGCAAGGGUUCGUAUGACGGCAGGGGCAACUUCAAGGUCAGCAGCGAGGCAGACUUUGAGCAGGCCAUCAAGGAGCUGGGCAAGCUCCCUCUGUAUGCCGAAAAGUGGUGCGAGUUUGUCAAGGAGCUGGCCGUGAUGGUCGUGAGGACCGAGGAUGACGGGGGCAACCUGAAGGCGCUCUCGCCCUACUCGGCUGUGGAGACGGUGCACCAGGACAGCAUCUGCACAAAGACCUUCAUGCCUCCUAGGAAUGUCCCCGAUGACAUUAGCGAGCGGGCUAGGAAAGUGGCCGCGCAGGUCAUCGGCUCUGUCUGGGGCCGCGGCGUCUUUGCCGUCGAGAUGUUCCUGCUCAAGGAUGGCUCAAUACUAGUCAACGAGGUCGCCCCUCGGCCGCACAACUCGGGCCACUACACCAUCGAGGCGGUGCCCUACAUGUCACAGUACAAGGCACAGCUCUACGCCAUCCUGGACCUGCCGAUGCCCAAGGUCAUCAGGCCCCGUGUCUCCUCGGCCAUCAUGCUCAACAUCCUCGGCGGCGCUGCUAGGGACUCCCACGACAAGCUCGUCGACCUGGCCGAGCGGACGACCGACGAGGACAUGGACGUCUAUGUCCACCUCUACGGCAAGGAGUCCAAGCCGUCGCGCAAGAUUGGCCACAUCACCCUGACCGGCUUCUCCAGCAUCCACGACCUAGAGAAGUCCUCGGAGCGCCUCACCAACCUCGUUGACGAGAUCAGGCUCGAGCGCGUCCAGGCCGCCAGCCAAUCCCUCCGGCCCCAGGAGGCCCCCAAAGCGCCGGCGGCGCAGAAGUCUGCUGCCUCCACUGGCAAGGCCAUGGUCCUCGUGACCAUGGGCUCCGACUCGGACCUGCCCGUCCUCAAGGCCGGCCUCGACAUCCUCGAGGAGUUCGGCGUCGACUACGAGAUCAACAUCACCUCGGCCCACCGCACGCCCUCGUACAUGGGCGAGGUCGCCGCCGCGGCCGCCGAGCGCGGCCUCAAGGUCAUCAUCGCGGCCGCCGGCGGCGCGGCCCACCUGCCGGGCAUGAUGGCCUCGCACACGCCGCUCCCCGUCAUCGGCGUGCCCGUCAAGGCCACGCACCUCGACGGACAGGACAGCCUGCUCAGCAUCGUGCAGAUGCCGAGGGGGGUUCCCGUCGCCACGGUGGGCAUCAACAACUCGACCAACGCCGCGCUGCUGGCCAUCCGCAUCCUGGGGUCGCACUACCCGGAGUUCCUGGACAAGAUGAGGCAGUACCAGCUGACCAUGGAGGAGGGCGUCUACGCCAAGGCGGAGAAGCUCCGGGGCAUUGGCUACAAGGCGUACCUGGAGAGCAUGGGCAAGAAAUGA